AUGUACUCUAUCAUAAGGGAAAAAACAUUGUCGACUGAAUCCCUCAUACAAUCUUGGACUAUUGACUUGAGUGACUUGGAAACCAAAAGGUUGUUCAGUGAUGAAGAUUGGUGUGAAAUUAAAAAGGUCCAAACUACUGCUGACCUGAGGAAAGUUAUAGAGUCAACUUCGUAUUGGGACAAAAACGAGCCAUUUGAUCAGGAAAGCCAUUUUGAUGCUGAAUGGGCAGAGCUUGUGUUGAGAAACCUGUAA